AUGGGCGAGAGAGAUUUGUGGGACGUGAUUGUGAAUAACGACGAUAUUUGUUUCCAACACAUUCUUCCGAAAUUGAAUCAAACGGAUAUCAAAUUCUUGUACGAGGUGAAUAGUGAAACGAGAAAGUUGAUUAAGAGAUCAUCUCGCGCAAGUGAUUUGAAGAAGAGGUUUAAGGUCGAAGAGAUGUCGUCGAUAUCGACUUUGGAGUUUGUGUGGGAGAAUAAAUCGUUGUGGCCGAGUUGGUGGAAAUACGAAACAUAUUUCUGCGUUGGAGUUGCUCGAACGAAUAAACUCGAGUUGCUCAAGUGGGCGCGAGAGGAGAAAAAGUGUGAGUGGGAUGAAGGGACGAUUCUUCCGGCCGCAGGACAAGGUAAUCUGGAAAUGGUAAAGUAUUGCGUUGCAAAUGAGUGUCCAGUCGAUUGGAGAGCGUGUGCAUUUGCUGCCUUAAACGGUCAUCUCGAGUGCCUCAAAUACUUACGCGAAGAAGCGAAAGCGCCUUGGGGUUCUGCUACUGCCGCUUCGGCGGCUGAAUAUGGUCAUCUUCACAUACUCGAAUAUCUUGUUGAGCGUAAGUAUGAUCAAUAUAGCGAAUGGGCGUGUAUGCAUGCGGCCAAGAACGGCCACUUGGACUGUUUGAAGUACUUGCGCGAAACCGCCAAAGCGCCGUGGAACGGUGACGCCGUACGAGAAGCGCACGAGAAAAACCACCCCGAAUGUGUACAAUACCUCCUCGACAACGACUGUCCUCUCCCACCUGGUUGGCGAUACGAAGAUGGAGAGUUGCACGUGCCAGAAUCAGAAACAGAAUCAGAAUAA